GUAUUUUCUUUGUCUGCAUGGAAUCCUCCAACACUGAGCUUCGUUCAAUGGGCUGGUGUUAUAAGAAAAGGAGAAAUACUUCUCUCUAUCAACAUUCUCUACCCCUAACCAUUUUAAACACUUCUCUUCUGUCCUCCCCUUACUCGCCUUGCGUCUAAACUAAAAGCCUCCAACUGUUGUAAAGGUAACUGGAAAAAAGUGAUCUUGAACAUAGUGACUGAUUUUGUUUUGAGCAAAUGAAAUAACUAUGACCCCUUUAGGGUCAUAAAUUCUCUGUGCUUGCAAAACAAAGAGCCCAUCUUUUCCUAAUGAGGAGAAGCACGCCCCUCUUCAUGAUAUACCACGCUGCUUUGAAUUAGUCUGUAUCUUGUAAAAUGAGCCAGCGAAACACGCAAUGCUCUCUCCACAGAGUGAGUUGUUUGUGUCUCGCAUGGCAUAUCACGUAAAUAGUUGCAUAAGAAGUCACACUUGCAUGCCAAACUGUGCUGCUUACAGGGCAAGCUUGACUGCCUUUUGCAUGCUCUGCCCUACUAGGAAUUGCUAACCCAGAGCUGGGGGGAACCGGAACAAAGCAAGGAAGCAUUAGCAUGCGUGAAUGUUGAAGUGUCAUGGAAAUGUGAUGCUUGCGCACCGUCUAAUUGGUGAAAUGAGGAAAGUUCUGAAAUGGAACUUAUUUGUGCUGAGUCAGAGCCAGGUUUCCCAUUUGCCUCUGGGUGGCCACUGUGAGAAUGGGAUGCUGGGCUGGAUCGGCCAUUGGCUUAAUCCAUCAGACUCAUUUUACAUUCUUGCAUUAACAGUUUUAGGGGACUUACUGGACUCUGAAGCUUUGAUUUGGAGUGAACUGUACAACCCUACAUUUUAAGAUUUUCAGGAGAGGCCGUUCUUUUUGCCCUGCCAAUAUCUGUAGCAUGUUUGGCAGAACUUAAGGCAGGGCCUUCCAAGUGGCUUCCCCCAAACUCUAGAGUUCCUUGCAAGGGAGGCCCAUGUAGCCUCUGAUUACCUUCUGUCAGUAGGAAGAAAUAGGAAGAACAUAGGAAGUUGCCUUCUAUUGAGUGGCCCUUCUAGCCUAGUAUAGUCUGCACUCUGGCUGGCAACAGCUCUCCAGGGUUUCAUGCAAAGGACAUUCCCAGUUCGGUUACCUGGAGAUACUGUCAAGGAUUGAACCUGGGACCUUCUGCAUACAAAGCAAUGUUCCACCACUGAACUUUGGCCCUCUCCUAAAGGGGAAUAUUUUUAGUCCUCUUGAUUUAUGGCCACAUGCAAUGCUGCUAUGUGUUCUACUGUCUGUUGUUGUUUGUAUUGGUUGCACAGGAAAGUUGCCAUUCCUCUAAAUUCUUCAAAGCAGACCCUUUUUGCCAGACCAUAUUCACAGAGUAAAGUUUGCACUGGCUGCCCAUAUGCUACUUGGCCAGGUCAGGCAGCGAAAUGAGAGAUCAGGUGGUCCCUGAGAUAUCCUGGACCCAAGUUGUUAAAGGGCCUUGAAAAUAAGAACAACGAACCUGGCUGGGUAGCAUAUGGGCAACCAGCACAAGCUUUCCAGCACUAGACUUAUGUGCUAGCAAUAGUCUAUCCCAAUCAAAUCAACAGUCUAGCUGCAGCAUUUUGCAUAAGCUGGAGCCUCCAGACCAGGCCAACAGAGAGAGCAUUGCAAUAAUUGAGUCUUGUCAAUCAAGCUGGACAAUUUCCUCCAGUAGAAGUUGUGGGGAAUCUUCUGCAGCAGGAAAAAAACCCGGAGUGUGUCAAACAUGGGUGAAGAGCCACUUGACUCUUCUUCCACCUAUAUGCAACCCUGCUCCUUGGUACUUGCAUAAAUGUAAGUUGAAGACGUCACUGAGAUGGUGAGUAAUGCUUCACUGCUGGACCCCCUUUUGCUUGGCAUGGGAAGGGCAGGAUGUUAAUGAAGAGGAAAACUCAGCCAGGCUUUAAGGGCAGUUUCAUAAGUUCUCCCUGCCAUUCAGCGCCCUUGCCUCCUGGGCUGUUAUCAUGUGGAUCACCCUCCGCCCCUCUGCUGAUGGGAAAGCUGGGCAUACUGUAUUCCUUUAAAAGUAAGGGAGAUAAAGGGUUCUUUCUUUGCUGUGAACUCCUGCUAAUCAGUUUACUUUGGUGCAGAGGCAAAUCAAGCAAUGGUACCCUUGGAAGGAAAAUAGGACUUGGGAAUUCAGAGCCGGGAGAGGAAGAAAGAAGCUUGCCUUUUCCCUUUUCUUUUUCUGGGACAGAGAACCAAAGGAAGAAACCAGGAGCAAGAGAGCAGAAGCCAGGAAGACACGGGUGUUGGGCUCUCCAGCGUAUUGUGCCAAAGAAGGUUCACUGGAAGCGUGUUGCAGACUCUGCAACCCCAAACCUUUGUGUGGAGCAUAUCUGGUCUCACAGCUCUGUUCUGAGACAUCUAUCCAUCUAUUCCCUUGGAGGAAGAGUGGCCACAGAGGUUUCUUGCAGGUUCCACAGCCUACAGCAUUCCCACCAAGGUGCCACCAUGUCUGUGCCAUCACCCCUGAGGGUGCUGCCCAGCCCCCCGAAUGCCACUGCAGUCAUUCCUGUGAGCAACAAGACCAAUGAGACGUUCUGCACAAGCAGCCAGCAGGUGGUGAUCCCUGGCGAACUCUUCCUGACCCUGGGGAUCCUGAGCUUUGUGGAGAACUUGUUAGUGGUGGCCGCCAUUGUCAAAAACCGGAACCUGCAUUCGCCCAUGUACUAUUUCAUCUGCUGCCUGGCUGUGUCAGACAUGCUAGUGAGUGUCAGCAACCUAGUGGAGACUCUCUUCAUGCUUUUGCUGGAGCAUGAGAUGAUGGUUGUGCAGCCCACCACCGUGAUGCACCUGGAUAACGCCAUGGACAUGCUGAUCUGCAGCUCCCUGAUGUCCUCGCUCUCCUUCCUCGGGGUCAUCGCCAUCGACCGCUACAUCACCAUCUUCUACGCCUUGCGGUAUCACAGCAUCAUGACCAUCCAGCGAGCCGUCACCAUCAUCGUGGUCGUCUGGGUGGUCAGCAGCAUCUCCAGCACCAUCUUCAUUGCCUACGAUGGCAAGGCGGUCAUCCUCUGCCUGGUCAUCUUCUUCCUCUCCAUGAUCACCCUGAUCAUGGGCCUUUACAUCCACAUGUUCAGCCUGGCUCACCAACACGCCCGCAGGAUCUCCAGCCUGCAAAGGAAGCAGUCGGCGCCCCAGUUCACUAGCAUGAGAGGGGCCAUCACCCUCACCAUCCUGCUGGGCGUCUUCUUCAUCUGCUGGGGCCCCUUCUUCCUUCACCUGAUCCUCAUCCUCACUUGCCCUGAGAAGCCCGCCUGCAACUGCUACUUCAGAUACUUCAACCUCUAUCUCAUCCUCCUCAUUUGCAACUCUGUGGUGGACCCCAUAAUUUACGCCUUCCGGAGCCAGGAGCUCAGGAGGACUUUGAAAGAGGUGGUCUUAUGCUUUUGGGGCCGGGUAGGCGGGCGUGAUAUCAAGACAAGCGGAGAAGCCCCCGAUCACAAAGCAGAGCGCUGCUGGCUUGCUGGGGAGUACGGAAAGAGGCACGCCAAGGAAGGAUGCUUUCGCGACACCGUCCGAGGCCAUCAAAGGCAAAUCCAGGACUGGGGAGGCGCCUAUAAAACCCGCCGGCAGCAGCCUGGACGCCUCCGCCAGCCGCUCCGCCAGCUGCAGCCGCCGCCCACCCACCCGCCUGCCUGCCUGCAGCCGCCCCCCCGUAGCACCAGCCGCAGCAACAUGAGGGAGAUCGUGCACAUCCAGGCGGGCCAGUGCGGCAACCAGAUCGGAGCCAAGUUCUGGGAGGUGAUCAGUGAUGAGCAUGGUAUAGACCCCAGUGGGAACUAUGUCGGCGACUCUGAGCUGCAGCUGGAAAGAAUCAGUGUUUAUUACAAUGAAGCCUCUUCUCUCAAAUAUGUUCCUCGUGCUAUCCUGGUGGACCUGGAGCCUGGCACUAUGGACAGUGUUCGUUCAGGUGCUUUUGGGCACCUCUUCAGACCAGACAACUUCAUCUUUGGACAAAGUGGUGCUGGGAACAACUGGGCAAAGGGUCAUUACACAGAAGGUGCUGAGCUGGUGGAUUCCGUCUUGGAUGUAGUGCGAAAAGAGUGUGAGAACUGCGACUGUCUACAGGGCUUCCAGCUCACUCAUUCUCUGGGUGGGGGUACGGGGUCUGGCAUGGGGACUCUCCUCAUUAGCAAAGUCCGUGAAGAAUACCCAGACCGGAUCAUGAACACUUUUAGUGUGGUGCCUUCCCCAAAAGUGUCUGACACCGUGGUGGAACCCUACAACGCUACUUUGUCCAUCCACCAGCUGGUGGAAAACACAGACGAGACCUACUGCAUUGACAACGAAGCCCUCUACGACAUCUGCUUCAGGACCCUCAAGCUGGCCACGCCCACCUACGGAGACCUCAACCACCUCGUCUCGGCCACCAUGAGUGGCGUCACCACCUCUCUGAGGUUCCCAGGGCAGCUCAACGCCGACCUCCGUAAGCUGGCCGUCAACAUGGUGCCCUUCCCUCGCCUCCACUUCUUCAUGCCCGGCUUCGCUCCGCUGACGGCCCGCGGGAGCCAGCAGUACCGAGCCCUCACUGUCCCUGAGCUCACCCAGCAGAUGUUUGACGCCAAGAACAUGAUGGCGGCCUGUGACCCCCGCCAUGGCCGCUACCUCACAGUGGCCACUGUCUUCCGAGGCCGCAUGUCCAUGAAGGAGGUCGAUGAGCAGAUGCUGGCCAUCCAGAGCAAGAACUCCUCCUACUUCGUGGAGUGGAUCCCCAACAACGUCAAGGUGGCCGUGUGCGACAUCCCUCCAAGAGGCCUCAAGAUGUCCUCCACCUUCAUCGGCAACAGCACGGCCAUCCAGGAGCUCUUCAAGCGCAUCUCGGAGCAGUUCACCGCCAUGUUCCGGCGCAAGGCCUUCCUCCACUGGUACACGGGCGAGGGCAUGGAUGAGAUGGAGUUCACAGAGGCAGAGAGCAACAUGAACGACCUCGUCUCCGAGUACCAGCAGUACCAGGACGCGACAUGUGAAGAGGAAGGAGAGAUGUAUGAAGACGACGACGACGAAUCGGAAGCCCAGGGUGCCAAGUGAAGGGCUGGGGCCACAGGCAGCGCUUGGGUUCCUCCCAGUGAGGGCCAAGCAGUGACAUGGGCCUGUCGUUCAUCGCCAUCUUUGCUGCUCAUUUGCUGAGUUGUAGACAACCAGCUCCUAGUUGCUUAUGAUUCAAGGGUUCCGAAACUUAAAAGCUGUUCAGUAUUUAAUCCCCUUCCUCUUUCUCCUCCCCCCCGCCCUAUCUUCCCUCUCCUUUGCCCCCAAGUCUUAUGAGUUAGUGCAGCUCUCUCUGUCCAUAACUUUGAUAACUUCAAGGGCCCUGGUCUUUAUUUUUUACUGGUCUCUGUCUAUUUUUAUGUUUUGGAAUACUUAAUAAAUCUAUUGCUGUCCAGCA